GUUGUGUCAUUUCAUAGAAUCAAAAAAAAAUUUUUGCACGGAAUCGACAUCGCAUUUUCACUGGAAAAUCAAUCAAAGAACUUUUUUAAAUUGUGGACAUUUUCAAAUAGAUUAAAAUCAAUAGUGUGCGAAAGCAUUUAAUUAUAACAGUAAUUCGAAAAUUCGGUGUUGGGCGUCAAGUGUAUUUUGUGCUGAAUAGUUAAAAAGAGGCCGAUUUUUUAUACUACUGUGUGAGUGAGAAAAGAAAAAUGGCAGCAAGCGACAAAUCUGUCGAUGAUUCUCUUUAUCCCAUUGCGGUAUUAAUUGACGAAUUGAAAAAUGAGGAUGUGCAGUUACGUUUGAAUUCGAUCAAAAAGCUAUCGACUAUUGCCCUUGCUUUGGGCGAGGAACGCACACGUUCCGAACUGAUACCUUUUUUAACUGAGACCAUAUACGAUGAAGAUGAAGUACUGCUCGCAUUGGCCGAUCAAUUGGGCAAUUUCACAAGUCUUGUGGGUGGGCCCGAGUAUGCGAUGUAUUUGCUGCCGCCGUUGGAAAGCUUAGCCACUGUCGAGGAAACAGUUGUGCGAGACAAGGCAGUUGAAUCUCUGCGCACUGUCGCUGCGGAGCACAGUGCUCUAGAUUUGGAGAUACAUGUGGUGCCAACAUUGCAGCGUUUGGUGUCUGGCGAUUGGUUUACCUCGCGCACGUCGGCUUGCGGUCUAUUCUCCGUGUGCUAUCCACGUGUCACACAGCCCGUGAAGGCCGAAUUGCGUGCAAAUUUCCGGAAAUUAUGCCAGGACGAAACUCCAAUGGUGCGACGUGCCGCAGCCAAUAAAUUGGGCGAAUUCGCUAAGGUGGUAGAAACGGAAUAUCUCAAGUCGGACUUGAUACCGAAUUUCGUACAACUGGCGCAGGAUGAUCAGGACUCGGUGCGACUGCUAGCCGUCGAAGCAUGUGUCAGCAUUGCUCAAUUGCUCCCACAGGACGAUGUUGAACAUCUGGUGUUGCCUACGCUGCGUCAGUGUGCUAGCGAUUCAUCGUGGCGUGUACGCUAUAUGGUUGCCGAGAAGUUUGUGGAUCUACAGAAGGCUGUGGGUCCCGAGAUAACACGCGUCGAUUUAGUGCCCGCUUUUCAAUAUCUGCUCAAGGAUGCCGAGGCUGAGGUGCGCGCCGCUGUGGCCACUAAAGUCAAAGACUUUUGCGCCAAUCUGGACAAGGCCAAUCAGAUGCAAAUAAUUUUGAGCUCCAUUUUGCCAUACGUACGCGAUUUGGUCAGCGAUCCCAAUCCACAUGUGAAGUCAGCCCUCGCUUCUGUCAUAAUGGGCCUAAGCCCGAUGCUGGGUGCGUAUCAAACAGUCGAGCAGUUGUUGCCACUGUUCCUCAUUCAGCUGAAGGACGAAUGCCCCGAGGUGCGCCUGAAUAUAAUCUCAAAUUUGGAUUGCGUCAAUGAUGUCAUCGGUAUUCAGCAGUUAUCGCAGUCCCUUCUCCCCGCCAUCGUGGAGCUUGCAGAGGACUCCAAAUGGCGUGUACGUCUCGCUAUCAUUGAGUAUAUGCCCGCUCUAGCUGGUCAACUGGGCCAGGAGUUCUUCGAUCAGAAACUGCGCGGCCUCUGCAUGGGUUGGCUGAACGACCAUGUAUAUGCCAUUCGAGAGGCCGCCACAUUAAAUAUGAAGAAGCUGGUCGAGCAGUUUGGUGCACCCUGGGCCGAGCAGGCCAUUAUUCCAAUGAUAUUAGUUAUGUCGCGCAACAAGAACUAUUUGCACAGAAUGACCUGUCUCUUCUGUCUAAAUGUUUUGGCUGAGGUUUGCGGUACAGAGAUCACCACGAAACUGUUGCUGCCCACUGUUUUGCUGCUCGCCGCUGAUCCAGUUGCCAAUGUGCGUUUCAAUGUGGCUAAGACAUUGCAGAAGAUUUCCCCGUUCCUGGAGGCGAGCGUAAUCGAUGCGCAAGUGAAGCCAACGUUGGACAAACUGAAUGCUGAUGCUGAUGUGGAUGUAAAGCAUUUCGCUGCACAGGCAAUUGCUGGAAUAGCAGCCGCGUAAUCAACUUUAUAAUUUUUUUUAUUCUAUUUUUAAAUUGUAUGUAUUUCACACACGCGGGCAACAAAAAUAUAAUUAUUGUGUAGCAACACUUAAAAACGGAAACUUGUAGUUAAAAAACCAAACUAUGGAUCAAUCAAUUAUGUAGAACCUGGAGACGCCAAACUGCAGCGAAGAAACAUAAUAAGACCCCCGAAGCCUACAUAUUUAACAUUUUCAAAAUGCAACAAUCGAGCAAACGGAGGAUAACGAGCCACUGAAAACGCCACACAUGAAAAAAUAUAUUACUUACAUACUUAUAAACUACAUAACACAUAAGCAAAUUCAU